GACGUGGUCACGCUGGUGAAUGGCGAGGACCUGCUUCGCUUCGUGGACGACGCACAGCUGCGGGUCCGCGGGCUGGCCACGUCCUUCUACGUCGGGCCCCACCGUGACUCCGUGUCGGCCUGGGACGAGAUGCUGGGGAACGUGCGCACCAUCCUGGACGGCUGGCUGGAAGUGCAGAACCGCUGGAACCACAUCGCACCGUUGUUCGGGGCACAGGCAUUUGACGAGCAACUGCCGGAAGAGGGCGCGCGCUUCGAGGAGGUGACGGUUGAGUGGCGUGCGGUACAGGCGCUUGUACGACGGCACUGCAAGGUUUCGGAGCUGACCCGGCACACGAACUUGGCGGCUCAGCUGGCAAACAUGUCACGCAAGUUGGAAGGUGUGGCACGUGGUGUGAUGGAGUACCUUGAUGUGAAGCGGGCUGGCUUCCCGAGGUUCUACUUCCUUGGCAACUUGGAGAUGGUGGAGAUGAUGGUCGGCUCCCACGACCCCGCGGCCGUGGAGGCCUUCCUGCCCAAAUGCUUUCCGGGGGUGCGCAAGGUCGGGUGCGUGCGCGCGCUGCCAUCCCGUGCUGCCAACGGCGGAUCCGCCACUGCCGAAAGCAUGUCCGAGGCCUACUCGGAGGCCAUGUCCCGCUCUGCGGUGUUGCCGCGGUCGACUCCUCCUCCACCGGGGGGCCUGCCGGGCCUAGCGGCAUUCCUUCCAGGCUACGGCCUGGCGGUGGGGGGAGAUGCGGCCACCCGGCGGGUAUGGGGCGGGCCGCGGAUUGAGUCGCUCAUUUCCAAUGAGAGCGAGGUGCUGCCGCUGCGGACGGUCGUGGAGCUGCAGGACUCCCGCACCGGCAAGAAAGCGGAUGUGGAGGUGUGGAUGAGCGAGUUGGAGCGGCAGAUGCGGGGCAGCUUGAAAGAGAUGCUGCGGUUUGCACUCGAGGCCACAAGCCUGCAGCCCUUCUCCGCCUGGUUGCUGGCUUGGCCAGCUCAGUGCCUGUUGGCCUGCACCUCCAUAAACUGGUGCCGGGACAUACACGACAUCUACCAGGCCGGUGCCCCCUUCUCCACUCCCCUCCGCCGGCUGGAGGAGCUGCACCGCUCCCAGAUCCACACCGUAGUGGACCUGCUGCUGGGAGGCACCCUGUCACCCGUGCAGAGGGGCAUCAUGGAGAACAUGAUCCUCACAAAGGUGUACCACAACGAGGUGACCGCCCGGCUCCGCGAACGACGGUUGGACAACGACUCCGACUUUGAGUGGCUCAAGGUGCUGAGGUUCUACCUGGAGGGUCCGGAGUGCAUUGCGCACUGCGGCUACACGUCGUACCCGUACGGCUACGAGUACCUGGGCAACAGCCCCCGCCUGGUCAUCACCCCCCUCACGGAACGCGCCUUCUCCUCCAUGAUGGCUGCCGUACACCUCCACUACGGCGGCGCACCUGAGGGACCGGCAGGCACCGGCAAGACUGAGACCGUGAAGGAGCUGGCCAAGUGCCUGGGCAAGCAGUGCGUGGUGUUUAACACGACUGAGCAGCUGGAGAGCGGCCACCUGACCCGCCUGCUCAUGGGCAUCAUAUCCACGGGCGCAUGGGCCUGUUUCGACGAAUUCAACCGCAUGGACAUGGAGGUGCUAUCCGUGGUGGCCAAGCAGAUCAUGGUCAUCCAGACCGCCCUGGCAGCCGGUCAGCGCUACACGGUGUUUGAGGGUCGUACGAUGUACGUCAACAGCUCCCUGGCCAUGUUUGUAACCAUGAAUCCCAUGUACGAGCACCGAUCCGUUCUGCCGUCAAACCUGAAGGCACGUAGGGCUUGGGGGGAAGGUUUGGGGCUUAGGUCGCUGUUCCGUCCGGUGGCCAUGAUGGUCCCCGACUACACCAUGAUUGCCGAGGUGUCACUGUACGCAGCCGGCUUCCAGUCCGCUCAGAUGCUGGCCACCAAGCUUGUGUCCUGCCUCAAGAUUGCCGCUGAUCGGCUGUCGGCUCAGCAGCACUACGACUUCCAAAUGCGUACCCUGAAGAGCGUUCUGCUGAUCGCGGCGCAGCUC